AUGUCUAUCGCUCUCGGGGUUUGGGGCAUUGAGCUUGAAGGUGGGAAGACGGUGGAGAUAUGUCCUCCUCAGGACAUAAAAAUCACCAACGUCGCGCUGGGUGAUGUUCUCGUCGAUACAAAUGAGAGAACUUCCUUCAAGCUAGGCUUCCCCUUAAUUGGUGAGGACUCGGACGAAGAGGAUGAUGAGGAUGAGGAUGAAGACAAGGUCAAGGAUGAAAAAAACGCUGUAGUCACCGUAUGUUCAUUGACAGCCGGUAAAAUCGAGCAAGCCAACGUCGACAUCAUUCUCCUCGAUGAACAAGUUUACAAAUUCCAAGUUGUCGGGAAAAACACUAUCUGUUUAAGUGGAUAUUAUGUCGAUCAGACCGUCAAUGAACCUCCCGAGGAAUCUGGGUUUCCUGGAUUUUCCGACGAAGAUGAUGACGACGAAGAUGUACACGACCUUCGUUACGUUAGCUCGGACGUUGAGAUGCCACCGGAUGGUCUGGAUAUGGAUAGCGAUGCCAGUGAUUUAGAAGAUGACGAGAAAGCAAUAGCCACGGGUUCAAAACGUGGCCGCGACUCUCUAGCAUCCAGUGAGACCGCCAAGCACCCUUCUAAAGCUGAAAAGAAGAAGAACAAGAAACAGAAGCUUCAAGAUGGUACCGCUGUUGCCCCGGGAGUGGCAGAAAAGAUAGUAGGGAAGGAGACAGAGGAGAAGAAAGUAGAUGUAAAGGCCACUACGAAAAAAACAGACGCUAAGACCAGUGCGAAGAAAGGAGAGGAAAAGAAAACGGAUGGCAAGAAAGGAGACGAGAAGAAGGACAAGACAAAGCCAAAGGAAAAAGAAUUCCCGUCUGGUUUGAAGAUCCAAGAUGCCACGAUUGGAACGGGACCUAUGGCUAAGAACGGUCAACUGGUAUCCAUGCGCUACAUCGGCAAACUCGCGAAUGGCAAGAUUUUUGACCAGAACACAAAAGGAAGCCCAUUCGUUUUCCGUCUCGGUGAGGGUGAGGUGAUAAAAGGGUGGGAUCAGGGAAUUGUUGGCAUGCAAGUAGGUGGUGAGAGAACACUGACAGUUCCUCCUGCUCUCGCAUACGGAAAGAGAGGUUCUCUCCCUCAAAUUCCCGGUAACGCCACUUUGUCAUUUGAGGUUAAAUGUGUCUCGAUCAAGUAA